AGGCUGGCAGCGAUCAAGGCGCUGGUUACCGUCUCCAGUCUGUACGGCUACGCGAAGCAGAACUCGGGGCCGCUGAGAUCCACCGUCGGCAACGUCGAAGGCGCCGUCGCGUCCGUUGUCGGUCCUGUCUACCAGAAAUUCAAAGGCGUCCCCGAUCAUCUCCUCGUCUUCUUCGACAGGAAGGUAAGCCGGACGGUCUCCUUUUUGGGUCACCGCUAG